UUAUGAAUUUCAUCUGAAUUUCUAAUCUUUGGGGAAGCCGGCGUUUUAGAAUGUCCCGGUAUUCCCCCUCCUUCUCCCUGACUGAUGAAUUCUGAAACAGAAUUUCUUGAUACGAUGGCGACAUCUCGCAUCGGCGGAGUAAACGAAGGAAAUUUGACAGCCGCAUGGACGACGCGAAAAUAUCAAAACAGGAGCACAGGAAAAAUCUAAAAACAGAUAAGAACAUGUGAAAGGCAACGAGUAAAAUAUAUCAAAGAUAAAUGCGUCAAAAGAAUUUAUUCAGCAACAAAUUAAAGCUAUCUAAUUUAGAAAAAGAGAAUUAGAAUUAGAAACACGGAUAGCGUUUUCGAGUAGUGAUUUGUUCAAACGACGGAGAAAUGUUUAUAGUCACGAAAGAAAUCGACAGUGAAAAUAUUAGCAAGUUGUGUCGUACCUGCUUGCGGGAGGAUGGCGACAAAAUGGUAUGUCUCUUUGUGGGACCGGCUGGUUCCUCACUCGCCGCUAAAUUACGAUCCCUCUCUUGUUUGGAGGUCUGGCAAGGAGAUGGUUUGCCUGAGAAGAUGUGCGAUCGUUGUGUUACCAGAGCAGAAUCAGCUCUUUUAUAUCGAGAGCAAUGUCGUGCUGCUGACAGAGCUUUGAGGCAAGCAGCAUUGAAGGUAUCCAGAUUAACAUCGUAUACCACUGUUUCUGGUUGUAAACUCUAUCAGAAUCAACAGAAUCAAGGGUUUGUGCCAGUGCAAAAUCCCCAUAAGACAUUAAAAUGCGUAGAAUGUGGCGCUGUAUUUAUGAAUUACCAAGAACUCUGUGCCCAUAAUCGACUGCACUUGCCCUUUAUGCAAGAUAACAUACCUAUGCAGCACAUGCACAUUGUGGAGUCUCAGAAUCCGUAUCUUAAUUUUACCCACGUCGGUUCGAACUUUGCAAAUGAUAAUAUCCCAACACAGUUGUCUCCAUUAGUUAGAUCAAAUAUGAUGCAUACUAUGUCGCUGAACGAGGAAAGUUCAAAUCGAGCUGCUUGUGCCUUACAUUGCUCUUUGUGCAAUCAUACUUUUACCAAUAGAAGACAGCUAAUAAAUCACAAUAUAACACACAGUACGGAAAAUGUUGAUAUAUCGUGCGAUAACGAAAACAUUGAGAUCUGUGAUAAUUCUAACCACAUCCCACAAAACUUAAGCUAUGAGAGGUCUAUCCAUUCCGUUGACAAUCCCAUUCAGAACUUGUCAUACCAGAGAUCCACCGUGGAUGACACCGACGGAAUGCAGAAUAUAAACUUUCCAGAAAACAUUGAUCUUGAUGGCGUUCAGGAAAGCAGCUCGGAGCGCAUGCAAAAUGUAACGAUGCAUCCCGAGAACAACAUGUCUAUCGCAGAAAACUUGAGAUUUAUAAAGUCGCCUGGGAAGGACAGGCAGCUCGUGAUCGAAUAUCACGGAUGUCCAAGUGACGAUGCUUACAAGCAAUCUCUCGAUAUAAAAACCACAGAAGACGUCCAUACCAAGAAACAUCAGUGCGAAGUGUGCUCAAAACAAUUUACGCAAAAAUCUAAAUUAUUUACUCAUCAGUUGUCUCACUCUGGCCAACAACCGUUUAAAUGUCUGAGCUGUGAUAAAGCUUACGCAUCGAAAAGCAAACUCAGCGCACAUAUGAGACUGCACACCAAAACCAACGUGCAUCAAUGCAAAGUAUGCGAUAAAAUAUUUUCAUAUCCAUCAUACUUGGAGGAGCACAUAAAGGUACACAAUAAAAGUAAUGAUACGUCACAGAGUAAAGAUUACGAGUGCGGCACUUGUAAUAAACGUUUUCGACUUUUAAAAAAUUUGAAAGCUCAUGAGAGACUUCACACCGGCAGGGGCUUGGUGCAAUGCGAAAUCUGCGACAAAAAAUUUAGUCAUAAUUAUAAUUUAAAAAUGCACUUGCGAACACACAAAACGUCGAGGGUACACAAAUGCGAAUAUUGUGACAAGCGUUUUGUACAAAAGGGUAAUCUGGUCGAGCAUUUGCGAAUUCACACGAAAGUGAAACCCUUCGCGUGUAAAUUGUGCGGAAAAAGAUUCGCGCAAUCGAGUCAUCUUAAAAGCCACGAAGCUUCACACGGCACGUUGAGACAACACCAAUGCCGAUUAUGCGGAAAGAGAUUCAAGUUGGCCAAUCAUUUGAAACGGCAUUUAAAUUUACACACCGGUUCGAAGACUUAUAAGUGCAAUCAGUGUAAUCAAAUGUUCUCACAAUCCUUUAGUCUGACGAGACAUUUAAAGAAGCACAACGAAUCGCAUAUAUAAUUUAUAUAAUGAAUUGUAAAUUAUGUAGAUAACAAUCAUUGUGAAUAUAUAUUUUAUA